AUGCGGCCGCCGGCCGGCUCGAGCUCGGCCGACGGCUCGGCCGGGCCGAGCGAAGGGCUGCGGACGCCUGCGCUGAGCGCUGGAUCGGACGAUCCACUCCUGCGUGCAGCGUCGUCGGAUGAGAUUGUGCUCUCGUCGCCGUCGGCGACCGAGGCCGUUGACGACGCGCUGCCGGACGGCGCCGAGCAUCCGCCGCUGCGAAUGAGGCGGCGCGGGUCGAUGAUGCGACAUGAGCGCGAGGCGCGGUCGCGGUCGCGGGCCAACGGUGCGACCAUUAUGAUUGAGGCGCUGCCGCUGCCGGUGGCGGUCAAUACCGAGCGCCGGGUGUCGACAGCGGCGCGGCGGGCCAACACGCGCCACAUCCUGCGGUCGUCGACGCAAUUAUCCGAUGCUGAGCUGGCUGCCGCCGGGCUGUCAGCGAGCGCCGCGGGGACUGAGAGUCAUGCGCAUGGACUGGAGCUUGCCAAGGAGCCAAUCGGCCAGGCGGUUUCGACAAAGAAGCGCAAGCAGUCGCUGGCGCCAUCAGUUGGCUUGAGUGAGAGCGCCACCGGGCUGCCGCAAGCGACUGUCUCGGCGUCAGCAAGCCAGCCAACAGGAGCCCGCCGCAGCAGGAGCGGGGCGUCGGCGGUCGCGGCGUCGAUCGGCUCGUCGCUCUCGUCCGAGUCGUCGCCGGCCGGGACCAGCUCGGUGGCAUCGGCGGAGCAAGGUGCCGAGAGCGUGGCCAUGCACCCGCGUUUCUCAUUCUACUCUGUGCGGGCGUCGUCCUCGCUCGGGCGAAGCGACCGGCUGUACGGCGACGAGGACAUUGACUCUGCGUUUGCGUUUGAGAGCGAUUAUGACGAGGACGAUGAAGGCGACGACGAUGGCGAGAGCCAUGCAGGCGGCCGGCUCGCACCAGCGUCGCCCAUCUCCAUCCGGUCUCGGCUCAGCACGGUUGGCCCGCGACGAGUGGCUGAGUCGAUCGAGUCUGCGGCAACGCCGCCGGGCCGGACCCCGCUGGCGAGCCUGUUUGUGGACGACGAUGACGGCUGCGCCGACGGCGUAGCAGCGGCCAGCAGACUCGACCCUGCGCUGCACGGCGCAACGCCUGCAGAGACGGUGCAGCGGUACAUGCAGCAUCUCGAAGCGGCAAACGGUGGGCUGGUCAUCCGUCCGGGGAGCGGGCCCGAGUCGGGCCGAAUUCGGGCUGGGACGGCCGAGGUGCUGGUGGAGCGACUGACGUACCACCGCAAUCCAGACCCGGAGUUUGUGCGGACGAUGCUGUUGACGUACCGAUCGUUUCUGACGUCUGAAGAGCUGCUGGAAAUGCUCGGGCGGCGGUUGAAGUGUCCGGUGCCUAUGGCGCUGGCGAACGACGACGAGCUUGCAGCGGCGUUUGAGACAACGGUGGCACGGCCUGUCCGGCUCCGGGUCUUCUCUGUGGUCAAGUAUUGGAUGGUGACGCACUUUACGUAUGAUUUCUCGGGCUCAGCGGCGAUGAAUGCAGCUCUGGACGUGUUUGAAGAGCGGCUGUGUGAGGAGCUCCCGGGACUCGGUGCGCGGCUGGUGAGCCAGCUUGCGCGGCUGCGGAGCGGUGGCAACAACCAGCGGUUUGUGGCGUCAGGAUCUGCACCUGCGCCCAAGGUGCCCAGGGCUCUGGGUGCCGGGGCCAUGACGGUGCUCGAUGUGGACCCAACCGAGCUGGCGCGGCAGCUGACGCUGAUGGAGAUGGAGAUGUACCGGGCCAUUCAGCCGUAUGAGUGCCUCAACAAGGCGUGGUCACAGUCUGCGGUCGAGGCGCCGCAUAUCAUUGCGCUUGCCAAGCGGUUCAACUAUGUCUCGAGGUGGGUCUCGACGCUGGUCAUCACCCUCGGCGGGUCUGCCGUCAAGCGGCGUGCAGCAGUGAUGAAGCACUUUCUGGCGGUGGCAAAGGCGUGCCGAGCGCUCAACAACUUUAACGGAGUGAUGGAGGUGCUUUCGGGCCUGCACUCGAGUCCGGUGUAUCGGCUGAAGAAGACGUGGGCAGCCCUGUCCAAGUCUGCCACGUCGACGCAUGCCGAGCUCGACGCGCUUGUCUCGACCGACGGCAACUACAAGAACAUGCGCGAGCUGCUACGGUUUGUGGAGCCGCCGGCGCUGCCGUACCUCGGCAUCUUCCUGUCGGACCUGACGUUCAUCGAAGACGGCAUGGCCGACCGGGUCGGCGCCGACGAGCUGGUCAACUUUACCAAGCUGCGGCACAUCGGCGUCGUCAUCUCGGGCAUUCAGAUGUUCCAGCAGCUGCCAUAUGCACUCGAGCCGCUAUCUGCCCUGCAAAGCUGGAUCCUGGGCCACACCCUUGUCGACGAGAACGAUCAGUAUGCGCUCUCGCUCAAGUACGAGCCGAGGAAGAGCUAGCGGUUUACGUCGACGAGCUUGCCGACGAGCCGCUGUCCGACGAGCCGCUGGCAGUUGAUGUGCCCGAGGCUGAGCUCGAGCUGGUGGCCGAUGCCGAGCUCGACGUCGAGCUCGAGCUUGACGUGGACGAGACCGAGACGGUGGCUCCGGCCUCGAGCAUCAUGACCAUAAAGCUCUUGAACUCGUC